AGUACGGUGUGCCUUAUGGUCGUGAAAAUACGGUAAUUGAAAGUUUUGAAAUGAAUCUGUAUAUUAAGGUGAAUUAGAAAAUUUCAGAUAUUUGGUUCUCAAUGCAUGGAUAUAAUUUUUGGAGUAUUUUUUUUAUAGGAAAAAAUAAUUGUAUUUUUAAGUUUAGGAACUGGGAUAUUACUGAGCCAACCCUGAACUAAAUUGAUCAAUGUUUUUGGGAUAUUAUAUAUAAUCUGUCCAUUUUCCUGGAAUAAGAAUUCGGCAUUAUAUUCAUUAUUUAAAUUAACCAGUGACAAUGCCUCUCCAUGACUUCUCAAUGCUUUUUAUCCCAUCAGAUUUAUAGUCCCCACACCGCAGAUAUAAUAGAAUCUCUUCUUAAAAAUCAGCCAACCCAUUUUUUUUCUGGGGGUGAGUCUUGCUUUCUGUUUACUUGUUCACUUCCAUAUCAGUUGGUGGCGCUGAUGCGCUACAAUUAGUUUUUCAACCGCUAUAAACUACCAACAGAAGAAGAAGAAGCUAAAUGCAGCUUUUUUGUUGUUGUUGUUUUGUGGGAGAAUUUAUAUACAGCGUCCUUAUCAACGCUCCAUUCCAGUAGAUGGCGGUAAUGCACAUCAAUAAGUUGCUUGCCAACCGCCAUAAAAAAAAGAAGAAGAAGCAGCUAAUUGCAGCUGUAAGAAAAAUGCAGCAUCCGCUUAAAACAUUGUUUAUAGUAAAGAGUUUUCAAAAGGCUAUUUAAGAGUCACAGCAACCAAAUUUAAAUCCGGGAUGUGCUCCGUUGCUGGAUGUGAUUCAUCGCCUCGCAGUGCGCCGCGGUUUAAGUUACCAGAGGACCCAGAGGAGAGACAGCAAUGGGUCAUGUUUUUAGCUAAAGCUAACGAGCAGCGUUUUAGAGAGUCGUCAUGGACUGAUAUAUCUGUUUGUAGCGAGCACUUCACAGGCGACUGUCUGAUUAAUGUUGCGGACACAGUCCAGUUGAAACCCGGUGUGGUCCCAUCGCUGCGCACACAUAUGGGAACCGAGGAGAGCUAUGAAUUGAAGGCUGCAGCAAAAGAUGAAACCGGCAGCCAUAUUGCAGAGUCUCCUGAGACCUCUGCUGUCAUUGAAUCACCAGAAUCCUGUGAUCCGAGUGAAAUGGAUUCAGAUGAGGAAUGGAAACCUCCGCUGGGUGUUUUCCCUGUAAAAUUAUUUCCUGCUAAACAAAACAAUGAUUCUACAGACUAUAUUGAGUACUGUGAUUACCUCUCACUCACUCCCAUACACAAUCAGCUCUGUACAGACUGUGGAAGAUUCUUCGAUAAACGGAAACCUCACACAUGUGAGCACAAGGUGAAGCCCUACUGCUGUUAUAUUUGUGGAAAAAGAUGCGUCAACCAGGUGGCUCUGAAUUUUCACAGCAGAAUCCAUAAUGAGGACUACGAGUUUCAUUGCAAGUUCUGCAAUGUUACAUUCAAGUUAAAAGCGGAAAAAUAUGCACAUGAGCAGAUGCAUAUAACCCAAGGGAAGCCGUACAAAUGCCCAGACUGUUCAGAGACCUUUGCCACGAACAAGGAGCGCAGAAUCCACUUGGAGAAUCACAGAGGAACGAUAGAGUUAAAGUGUCGCUUUUGUGGCGUUGAGUUUCUCCGUGCUCUUUCCAUUCAGAGACAUUUAUUGACCCAUACUGGAGAAAAACCGUACAAGUGCUCAGUGUGUCAGCGUGGCUUCAACCAGUCGAGUCAUCUGAAGUCCCACAUGCGCCUGCAUACAGGGGAGCGGCCUUACAAGUGUCAGCAUUGUGAGAAGUGCUUCACUCACAAUGUGAGCUUGAAAAACCACGUGCAGCGUUACCACGCUGCACACUCUGCACCAGAACAAAAAAAAGAUACAAAAAGCAGCCAGGAAAGUGACAGACAUCGCACUCAAUCUAAUGGGUUCAGAAAAAGCACAGAAGAAAGUGACAGUGAAGAAGAAGAAGAAGAAGUCAGCGAUUAUGAUGCAGAGGGGACAGAUGAUGAGAUGCAGACGGAGGGAUUUUAUAGAUCUAAAUCUAAAAGAAGGAGCACAGGAAGGCCUAUUGGACGCCCUAAAAACUUUAAAUUAAAGGCUGUGAAAAAUAGAAAAUUAAAUGGAAAGAAGCAGAAGAAAAAGCAAUUUACCCACUAAGAGAAUGAGCCGUCUGGGAUCAAACCUUCACAAGGAGAACAAUGAUUUAUUUAUUUUCCUCAGAACUUGUAACAGCUUUCUAGAAAGUUUAUUUUUAAAUAAACUGGUUUUCCAUUAAAACUGCUCAUCACAGCCUGUACAUGUGAAACAUAAUGAGUAAUUAUUGACUUGUCUAGUGUUCUGACUGUAUUAAAAACAUGGCAAACAUGUAUUCAUGAUAUGCAAGAUGUAUUAAUCAAUUUUGACGCUAGGCUAACUCUGUGUUGCUAAUUUUGAAUACAUAAUUCAGUGC